AUGCACGAAAAAGUGGAGGAGCCAUCGCUUCGGCUCACUAAUGGAAAAUCUGCAUUCCAACCGACUACAAAAGACACGUGGAAUGGAAAUGGGAACCAUUGGGUGGAUGAUGUUAGAGGGUCCGGUGCUUCUUCUGGAGUCGAAAGUCCACCCUCCGAUCUCCCGGCCUCAUCCAUGGAUUCGAAUACGUCGAAUAUUUAUGAGCGGUUUAUUAAGGCAGUCGACCGUCACGAGAUCCACGACCAACCCGACCUCAAGACAAAACUAAAAAUUAUGAAGUGGAUGAACGGGCAUCAAGAGUCUCCCUCGCCGUCUAUGUCUACGGUCUCAUGCCCUGAGUACCCGGAACUUCAAGACAAGCUGGCGAGGCUCUCGAUGGCCAGGGACAGCUUAUCAUUACAGGUGGCCGUCCUAACCGAGCAAGUAUCCGCCCAAAAGGAGAAAAUCCGAGACCUGGAGCUGAUGCUCCAUCCAAGUCGACGAGGCUCCAAAACGGGGUCCCAGCACGACAUCGCGGGAAUGGAGCACCUGUACGCAAGCGACGGCCAGCCGGACUUUGACUACCGAAAGAUGGACCUGAUAGCCGAGGUGUCAAACCUGAAGCUGAAGUACGCGUCGCUGGAGCGUGAGAAGACGGAUACCGAGCGGAAAUUAAGGGCAUCGCAGAACGAAAUCGAGCGCCUCGCCGACUGUCUCCACGUCAUUGGCCCAUCCCCCUCCUCGCAGCAACCUCAGCUCUACACCCCGCUCGGCCACCGUACGCAGGAGCAACACGCUGAGAUGGAAAAACUACGGCAGGCCGUAGCUCAGUUGAUCGCUGACAACGAAGCCAAAAAUAUUCAAAUUAAUAGCCUGAGGAAUGCGCUGGAUGAGCAUUGCAGGCAGAGGGAUGACUGCUACGCUGCACCCUCAAAUGGCCAUUGGCACGAUCGGCAACAGCAGAAACCCGGCUAUGACAUUAAUGCGCAAUUGAGAAGGCUGUUAAUGGACGAACCGCUGGACUCGAUGGUCCAUUCCACCUCCUACCCCGUCAGCCUCUGCUCAUCAGCCCAUGGACCGGAUCGAAGGAGUGCUGUUCAGUCCUCAUCCUCCUACACAUCGUCCCUAUCAACGGCCUCCCCACAACAUUCGUGGUCCCAAUCGGGUACCCCGAAUCGCGGAGGGCAACAGGUUUUGAAUCCCAACCAGCAGCACUUAUCGACGUAUCGCUCCCCCUCCUCCCCAGCUGCCAGACAAUUGGCUGCCGAGUUGGACGAGUUGCGGCGAAUGGGCGAUCAUCACAAUCCGUAUGCGUCGACAUUGCCGAGGGGAAUGGGAGUCAAGGCCGCUUCAACACUUGCCCUACCCGGAAAGAAGCUGUCAGUGGCUUCAUCAGUGGGAGGUGCGUCAGUGGACGGAUCGACAGAAACCGGGACCGAAUCGAAACGAGGAGGUGCCAGCCGGAAAGGAUUCAACCACUGGCUGGCCACCUUUGGAAGGAGACGUCACAAGGCUACAAACCACAAUAAGAGAGCGCUCUCUGUACCCAAUUUAGUGGAAAGUGAUGAUGAAGUGACGAGGGGAAAAGCCGCGGGAUCAUCGUCGUCAAAAUUGGACCCCUCCUUCAAGCGAGACCGGACGCGCAGCUCGCUCCGGAAUCUGUUCUCGAAGCUCACCCGUUCCUCCUCCCAGGACCACAACACUUUCAGGAGGGGAUCUGCGGCUAGAUCAACCUCAGCAGCUCGUCUGGGUCCUUCAACCGGUCCUCUUUCCGGUGCCAUCGCCCUCCGUCCGGCUGUUCAGCAGUUUGUCGACUGGAAAACGGACCAAAUUAGCGAGUGGUUUGGUGAAAUCGGCUACCCUCAAUACGUCCCGGAAGUGGCGAAUUAUGUAAGGAGCGGUCGUCACCUUCUGAAUAUGAAUGGGGAUGAGCUGGAGAAGGAGCUCGGCAUCAAAAACCCAUUGCACCGGAAGCGGAUACUGCUUAUCUUGAGGCGGAUAGAAGAGGAUGUGUUGGAGCCGGUCGACAAGUUUGACUUGCACCAGGUGGUCCGCUGGCUGGACGACAUUGGACUUCCCCAAUACAAAGAUACCUUCACUGAAUAUCUGAUCGAUGGCCUCACCCUGCUUCAUCUGACCGCUGGCGAUAUUGUUGAGAUGCGAAUCACGAACGGCUCACACUACGCCACGCUAUGCCGAAGUAUCCAGUUUCUGAAGGCCGUAUCGUUCAGACCACAGGCGCUGGACAAGAAGUUUGACGCGUCGUCCGUCGCUCGAUACCCCUGCCCGAAUUCCGUGGUCCGCUGGUCACACUCUACCACUUGUGAAUGGUUGCGGACGAUCGAUCUCUCGGAAUUUACGCCAAAUCUGCUGUGCGCUGGUUUACCGGGCGCUUUAAUGGUGUACGAGCCGACAUUCACCGCCGAGAGCCUUUCCGAGAUGCUCCAAAUUCCACCCCACAAAACGCUGCUGCGACGCCAUUUGACGUCCCACUUCAACCAGUUGCUGGGCCAGAAGCUGAUCGCUGAUAAGAGGGACUUCUUGGCCGAGGGGAUCUACCCGCAACUGAUGCCGAAUAUUCGGAUAAAGGUAGUGAAGAAGGGCUUCUCGCUAACCCGAAAGAAGGGGAAGAAUGAAGUGUGUGUCGAGCCGGAGGAGCUGCUAUGCCCACUCGAUGUCAAACACCGCUUCCCAAUGACAGCCCAGUCGCUGCUCGAAUCGAUGGACUCGACCAAUAUU